CGUCAGUCUGUCGGUCCCAGAGUGUCGGAUGAAGGAGUCACUGGCUUUUGUCUCUAUGGCGCGCAAACGGUUAUCAACAGCCUACAUGGAUGAGUCUUUGGUGGGUGUUCAGUGUUUGUGUUUGUUUGGGUGGGCUUCGCGCGCUUUCUCUGCUCUCUGUGAGCCAACUGACGCAUAUUAGUAUCUGGUAUCAGUACAAUAUCGAACCCAUCCCGGGGUGGAAAAUGUUUCGCACGGCAUCGAUGUUGUGGCAGACAUACAACUUGAGACAUCGGACAGGCGAGACGGAACGGUCUUUACGAGAACAGAGCUUGGAACAACGUCUAUAUUGGACCUGCCUGAAGUCAGAAUGUGAAGUUCGUUAUGAAUUGACCGAUUUACCACCCUGCGACCUUUCCCUUUCCGAUUUCCCGUUUGCCUUACCCACAUUUCCGGAGACUUCUCAAUCGCGCACGGAAUGCAGUGCGCGUUCUGGCACCUGAUAUGAGCAUGUCGACCGUGACGCCGCUGGCCGAGGCGCUUUCCACGCUGGAAAGCCAGCUUCAGCAAUGGGUCGAGUGUCUUCCACAUACUCUUUACUUCAACCCGCCGCUGAAUUUGAUGCCCGCACUUAACGAGCCGGAACUAGUCAAGUUGGCGAGAGAACG